UCUUGUGUGUGUGUGUGUUAACCAAAUAUUCUUUUAACUCACUCGAAUGGAUCACAAUUUAUGAAUGGACUAUAUAUGUCCCUCGAAAGGUUCCUCCGUUGCGACAGAGCGACGCGCUCUCUGUGUGGCUCGUAAAAAGUGCACAUCGCCGCGGAUACGUACGAAAUCACAUGGACCAUCCCUCGGAUCCUUGUACAUUCACAGUUGUAUGCAGUGAACUGACCAAUCAUAUGACACGUGACAGCUUAGGAGUGGAAACGCGAAUCCGCGCAGCGCGCUCUCCGCGGACGCUCCAAACUUCGUCGGAGUUGUUGGGCGUGCGCGAAGCUGCUAGUAGCGCUGUUGCGCAUGCGCACGCUUCACGGAGUUUGCGGGACCUCCAAGCUGGACCUCCAAGAAAAUUCACCGGCUAUGAAGGUGUCAAUUUCGUCCCGAUAAUGUGAUGUGUCUCCGACUCCUGUCGGCGUAGGUAGACAACAAAACGUGAAGAAUUAAAGGAUGGCAGCCCAGUUCCUGUAUCAAGUGACGGCAGUCAUCGAGAAAGUGAAGGCCUAUCUGCCUGGCUCUUGUGGGGAGGGAGGAGAAGAACUACAUUUUGCCAAACAUGGCAGGACAGAUACCACGGAGAUGUCAAACCUACAGCCAUUGGACGGGGAGGGUGGCGAAUAUGCUGAGACGAACCUGGGUGGUGGAGGAGGAACCAAUGGCAGCAGUGAACCAGUCGAUGAGUUUGGAUCUCGAGGCGAAAAAAUCUCCGAAUGGCAAGCAGGCUGGAAUGUGACCAACGCUAUACAGGGCAUGUUCAUCGUGAGUCUUCCAUUCUCUGUCCUUCACGGGGGCUACUGGGGUGUAUUUGCCCUGGUCUUCGUUGCCUACAUGUGUUGCCACACGGGCAAAAUCUUAGUAGCCUGUCUAUACGAGCCGAACGAACGUGGCGAACUGGUCCGAGUUCGGGACAGCUACGUGGCUGUCGCCCAGACUGUACUAGGUCCUAGUUGGGGUGGAAGGGCCGUCAACGUUGCCCAGAUUAUCGAGCUACUUAUGACCUGCAUUUUGUACGUCGUCCUCUGCGGAGACCUCAUGAUCGGAUCAUUCCCGGAAGGCGUCGUGGAUCAGCGUUCCUGGAUUAUGAUCACCACCAUGAUCCUGUUGCCGUGCGCUUUCCUCAAGAACCUGAAAGCAGUGUCAAUGCUGAGCUUCUGGUGUACCGUCACCCAUUUCUUCAUCAAUGCCAUCAUUCUCGGUUAUUGUCUAACUCGCGCACCGGAAUGGGCAUGGUCCAAAGUCCAAUUCCGAAUCAACAUCAAUAAGUUCCCGGUGACGAUGGGGAUCGUCGUAUUCAGCUACACCUCGCAGAUCUUCCUUCCCACUCUAGAAGGGAACAUGAAAGACAAGGGCCGAUUCCAUUGCAUGUUAAACUGGAGUCACAUUGCCGCGGCCGUCUUUAAAGCGCUCUUCGCUUAUGUGUGUUUCUUGACUUGGGCUGAAGAAACUCAAGAAGUGAUCACCAACAACCUUCCCACCAAAGGGUUCAAGAUCGUGGUGAACCUGAUCCUCGUGGCGAAAGCCUUAUUUUCCUAUCCACUGCCCUAUUUCGCGGCGUCCGCUCUCAUCGAGCACGCCUACUUUCGAGAAAGACCGAAAACUGUGUUCCCCUCGUGUUAUGCCAUCGACGGUGAACUUCGCAUCUGGGGCGUGGCGCUACGUGUUGGCCUGGUAGUGUUCACCAUGCUAUUGGCCAUCUCCAUUCCUUACUUCGCUCUGCUCAUGGGCCUCAUCGGCAGCUUUACGGGAACCAUGUUGUCCUUCAUCUGGCCCUGUUACUUCCACAUGAAACUCAAGUGGGACACAAUGGAGUGGUAUUCAAUCAGUUGGGAAGUUUUCAUCAUGUGUUUCGGAGGCUUUUCUGGCUUGGUAGGUAUUUACACGUCUUUCGCUGGAUUGGUGGAGGCCUAUCACCUGCCUCUACCGCACGUGCCCGUUAUAGAGUCCUAAACGUUUCUCUCAUGACCAGCUGGUCUUUUCAUAUAUAUUAUGGCGGACACUUUAGAAACACGCUGGUCAACUCUUCUACUGGCACGCACGGCGGAGGCGUCUUUUAUGUAUUUUUAGACAGUAACAAAUGGAUGGGAUCUGACACCAAAUAUUCUGGUACAACGAAGCAGCGGGUGCAAAUUCAGUUGUUUCGUACCGCAUAAGAGUCUUCCAUUUACACAAACUCUUUUAGCCAUGGCUUCUGCUGACGUAAAAUACGCAGACGUAAAGAAAUACGAGGGGUGCAGAAGGAAAGCACAUUUAGAAAUUCCCGGAUGUUUCUUCCAGACAACCUAAUGGCUAUCCAAUGAAGGUGCACGCUUUUUCUUUCGCUGUUGUAGUUCACUUUCACCUAAUAUAUUACAAACGACUACCGAGAGAGAUGACCGGGAUCUAGCCAUUUCUAAAUAACCGGCAGAAUUUUAUAGAGAGCAUUGAGAUGACAUUUUCCUUUGUCUUCCAAUCAACGUAAGUCUUCCAGUUAAAAGCUGGGGAAAGGCAGUGUCAUGCAUGUAUAGAAAGAUGUCUCAUCUUUUGACUCAAUCAAAACUCAUGUCUUCCGGAUGUCGUGGGGCUUCCAUUUUGAAGUGACCGUCUUCCAUGCGAUCAGUCUCUUCAGGAGAUGUAAGUACGUAUUACAUAGAAUACUUGGUGUUUUCGUCACGCAGUUGAAAUGACGCCAAGUGUGAUGUUCCAUUUGUAACUCACUUUUGAGUGGUUCCACGAAAACCAUGAACAAAUUACGUUUACGAUGGAAUGGUGUUUUCAAGCGCAGAGAAGGCAUUCACUGUGACGUCACCAGUAUGGCGGAACAACGUUUGCUGUGUUGCGAUAAUUUCGGAAGUCUCGCAGGACUGUAAACAGCAAAUAACGAGGAUGAAAGGAUGAUUGGUAGCGUUGCUUGCUCGAGCCCUACGAGUGUGCUCUCUGUGGUGUUAGUUAUUCAAAUUGUUCAUCUGUACAUACAAUAUUGGUCUGGAAUAAUAGAGAUGUUGUUCAUGAAUAGCGUUUCAAUAUAUUGUCGAUGCAAUGUUGAAAGAAUGAGUGUUCUGACAUGGCACGACCCGAGUAAAUUAUCUGCUUCGUCAUUUUUGAAACAUUAUUGUGCGUAAACUGAGCGUUGUAAUCCCCUUUAGAAAUUAUGUGACCAAUAAAGUGUUUCUCGUCA